AUGGACGAAUGCAUCGACCCCGAAGAUCGUAGAAGACUCUUGGAACUGAUUGUACAGAUUUCAAGAAAGCUACCACACACCAAGUGGAUAAUCUCCUCACGCGGCUGGAACGAUAUUCGCGAUGUGCUUACUGAGCAUCCUCAAAUGCUCCAUCUUCAACUCGAUCCCAAAUCCGAAGCUAUACUUGAUGCAGUCGAUACCUACAUCGAACACAAAGUCAAAGCGUUGACUGAUAAGAAGAGAUUGGGCCCAACGGAUACCGAAACGAUCCGCGACUACCUAAAGAAGAAUGCUGGAGGGACCUUCUUAUGGGUAGCGUUAGUCUGCAAGAGGUUGGAGGUCUCGAAACGCGUGUUCUACGAAAAGGACAUGCAGGCCUUCCCUCCUGGGCUCGAACAACUGUAUGGAAGGAUGCUCCAGCAAGUUCAGAGCUUAGAUGAGCCGGAAUCGAAGCUUUACAAGUUUGUGCUCGGGGUCGUGCUGACAUCACCAAGACCUCUUGAGACGUACGAAUUGGCCUAUUUCGUGAAAGAGCUAGAUGAAGUUGGGGAUAAAAUCGAUUGA